AGGAGGUCCCUCCAUAUCAGUCCCACGCCUUUCAAGUCCUCUUUCCUCGCUAUUCCGCCUUCCCCUUUUUCACCACGGAUACCACUCACACCACCUCCACUCGCGCAGAAACACACUCGAUACUUGUCUUCGGAAGUCCGAGUUCCGCCGUCUUCGGAAGCACCGUCAAGCCCCCUUGCCUGGGUUUGGACUUGCCAUCAGUGCCACAGGAGCUACCACCUCGGCGUGACAAGACGCUGCCUCGACGAUGGCCAUCAUUUCUGCGCUGGCACAACCACGGUCAAGCAAUGGAGAAAACCUGUCGGCGUGAGGAGGCACAAGAGACACAGGGCUUGUACAAGCGAAUUCGACUAUCAAGGAUGGAAGACAUGGAGUCGCUGGAGGGGUAGUGGGCAGAAGAGGUCAGUCAACAAACAAGACUGCUGGAACAUGUGCUCUUAUCCAAGUGAAUGCAGAUGGGGCAAGAAAUUUGGCAUCCACACACCAGUGGCCACCGAAUUUCCUACUGUCGAGUUUGAUGCGACGCCCGCUUUACCAGCACCGGUGGAAUUAGAAGGCGUUUUGAAGCCGGAGAACUGCAAAGAGAUUAUCGCAUGUAAAGAGAAGAGUGGUUUUUGGGAGACACUCAGCGCAACAGCGAGGAGGCGCGCGAACGUUAUUGCUUCGUCACCACUUGCUAUUCUGGCACCGGAUGCAGAACCGACAAUGGACCAGAAUGGCGAUGUGGUCAUGACAACUGUCGAUUCAGAC